GUAGAUUUUAUGAUCGUGGUACUAAUUACUUGAUGUGUCUUGCCCCUCACCUCCAGGAUGGGGAGACUGCCCUGCAUUGUGCAGCCUGGCAUGGAUACAGCAAUGUGGCCCAGCCUCUUGUAUCAGCCAACUGUAACCUGAACACUAGAAACAAGGAUGAGGAAACCCCAAUAGUAUGUGCUGCUGUGCGUGGACAUCUGUGUAUCGUCAUGUGCUUGUCAGAUGCUCGAGCUCUCCUCAACAUCCCUGACAAGAAUGGCUGUACUGCUCUUCACCUGGCUUCAAAGAGACAACAUGUGGAGGUCUGUGAAUACCUGUGCAGAGUUGGGGCCAAAGUCAACCUGGCUGAUAAGGUAUCAAUCCUAUAG